UAUGAUAGAGGACAAGCUUACGAAUAGGCACACGAAAAUUAGCUCACGAGGUGCCUCCACCAUCACAGAUGCCUAUUAAAGAUAGACCAGCGGGCGGUCGGAACGAACAUCCACCGAUCCACUGGAAAAGAAGCAUCAACGAACGAACCUCCCAGUACCUCGAGGUACUCUCGUCCAUCUCCGUCAAAUAUCCUCCGUCUGUCCCAUCCUUUUUCUCAUCUCUUUCUUCUAUAUUCUCCCAUGCAACCCUUCGAAUCUCACGGCCCUCCGAUUAAUAAUGGUUCUUUUCCUAGAACUCCCUCCUUUGCCUCACAGGCUGCUUGACGUCCUCAUUUACCCAAUUGCCCAGUUCCUCAUCCUUCCAUUGACAACAGUCUACCACGCCCUCCGAUAUAUUAUUCUCGGUCCCCCUUUUCCGGGAUGGACGCUCUCACAUUACCUUGCUAUCAAUUGUCGACGGGUGUACUACGGGCUUUAUACUUGGAGGAGAGUAGCCUUGUUCGAUCCGGAGGAGGCGGAGAUACCGCGAGAAGCGGAGAAAUACCUUGUUCCGGGCGACAACGGGGAUGGUAGAUGUGAUGCGGAAAAAGUGGAGUGUGUCCCAUACAAGGAGGACGAGUUUACACCUCCUGUCUUGAGGGUAGCGAGGGAUUUGAUUGUUCAAAAGGCCGUGCCGGGAUUUUGGAUAGAAGCGAGAGGAGUAGACGGCAAACAGGACCUUACUCGAGAUGCAGCACCGGGCGAAAGGGUGAUUUACUUUAUAGUUGGAGGUGGCUACAUGGGCGGUCAUCCAUUGCGUAUCCAUACUCCCUGGUCUUUGGCAAAGAUAUCCAAAGCUCGCGUGUUCAGCGCCAACUAUCGCAAAUCUCUUUCUGGCAGUACAGCAUUUCCUUGUUCUCUCCUUGAUACACUUGCAGGGUACCAGUACCUCAUCGAGGAAAAGCAUUUCGAACCUAAUAACAUCAUUCUAUGCGGGGAUAGCGCCGGAGGAAACGCAUGUUUAGCCCUUGCGAAGUGCCUCGGCGAGAUGGAGUCACUAAGUUCGAAGCGCUUUGGACAAGUUGGAGGACUAUGUCUUCACUCACCGUGGUCUGAUAUGACCAGUUCUUUCCCCAGUAUUGUUUCCAACCGCUAUAACGAUCAUCUCGUUGACUUGACAACAUCGUACAUCCCUUCCCAUACUCGACAUUUCACCGACAAAACCAACCCAUACCUUUCCCCCGCUCUCUCCCCCUUUGGAAGUUUCGAGUACUUGAAGAGACAUGAUACGAAGGUGUACAUUUCUGCUGGAUCUGCAGAGGCAUUCUAUGAUGAGAUACUGGCGCUUUAUAAUGGGAUGAAGAGGGACGGCGUUGAGGUGGAACUUCGUGUUCUCGAAGGUGCGACGCAUAGCGAGUUCAUUUGGCUCGAUCGGGAUGAGAUUAGUACGAUGGGAUGGUCGUGGGAUAUCCUUACGACAGACUUUGAACGACUGUGGGAGAGGGCAGCGUAAAAAAGAGAGUUGUAGAUGUAGAGAAACAUCCCUGAAGCGGUUCUUUUUGGUUGAGAUGCUUUUAUGGGGACUAGGAUGACGCAGCGCGGGCGAGGCGAGCGUUGUGAAGUAUUGAUGGAGGUGAAACAGUUGUUAAAUCUGUU